AUGAAUACCGUUGUGAUCGGAUUUGUGUGCUUACUUCUUCCAUUUUUGGGAACCGCUCAGUUCAUUGACAUGGCUUGUGGUAUUCGGGCUCCAAAUCCCAUUGGAGCUCGGGUCAAAAAUGGAACGAUCGCGGGAUUGACAUCGAGUCCUUGGAUGGCCUUUCUUCACUCGACGACAGGAAGGUUCAUUUGCGGCGGAACUUUAAUCACUCAUCGCCUGGUACUAACUGCAGCACAUUGUUUUCUACCCAAUACACAACUAAUAGCUCGCUUGGGGGAGUACGAUAGGGAAGAAUUUGAAACAUGUCAUGGGAGCUACUGCACCUUUCGAACGGAGGCCCGAGUGGAGAGAGGCUUCCGGCACAGGCUUUACGAUCCGGAUACGAUGGCCAACGAUAUAGCCAUUCUGCGGUUAGUGAGAAGAGUGGAGUACACAGACAACAUCAGGCCCAUUUGCAUUGUGUGGGACACCAGGUGGAGGAACUACAUCAACUCCGUGGAUCCGGUCACUGGAACUGGCUGGGGCAAAACGGAAUCGGAUAGUGAUAGCGGCAAACUGAUGACAGUGGACUUGGCACGCCAGCAUCCGGAGAUCUGCCAGCGAUUCAUCUAUCGAUCCCUCACAAGCACCAUGUUCUGUGCCGGAAAUUGGGAUAGCAAUUUGUGCAACGGUGACUCCGGCGGUCCAGUGGGCACAUUGGUGCCAUUCCAGAACUCUCAACGCUUCAUACAAAUCGGAAUCGCCAGCUUUACGAACGCCCAGUGCUCGAAGGCAAGCGCUUUCACGGAUGUCCUCAGCUACAUUGACUGGAUCCUGGCGGUGAUUAAUUACCACCAAUAG